AUGAAAAAAUUAGUAGAAGAAGUAGUGAGACUAGAUAAGCAGGGUAAAAAUUCCGAUAAUUCAUUAGAAUACUUGAGCAACUUCAUGGAUGGACUUUAAUAAUUAAUACAUUGGUAUCAUUGGCACAAUACCACAGAAAAGGGGAUAAUUUUUUAAAAACAGAAUAAUGAUUCCAUUAUAGACGAGGAAGAGAAAGAAAAAUAAAUGUUUUAGUAGUAAGUUCAAAAGGAGGAUGGAAUAGACAAAGACAUUUUGAAGUUGAAAAAAGAAAAACUUGAGUAGGUUUUCGCUGUUGACAUGGCUUAAGUUAAAAAUAAAUACGAAGGUAUAAUGGCCUUAUAAGGACCCUUGAAGGAUUAAUUUGAUAUUUUCGAUAAGCCUGACUUAUUCCAAGUUAAGGAGAAAGGGAGAAAAUACCUCUGUUUCGGAGGAUAGUAGCAUGCUAAGAUUUAGCAUUUCUACUAAAAGCAUCUCGAAGAUAAGAAGUAUGGUGAGCUAGAGUUAUCAACUAAUGUAAAAUCUAAAUAAUUAAAGGAAAGCAAAUAAAUUUUGACUAAUUUCAUCUUCUUCAUCAAAUAAGAAGAUAUUAAGAGGGGAAGGAGGAGAUAAAAAAAUUGA